AUGCCAUUAGGAAACGAUGACACAUGGGACGACGACCGACCAUCGCCAAUCAGUCGCAUGCCAGCGCGUUCCCCUCGCCGCGGGUUACCACGACCUCGCGCAACCCUCUUCGUUCUCUUCGCCAUCCUCGUCGCGGGAUGCAUCACUGCCGUCCAAAUCAUCACAUGGGCGUUUCGCCCGGGCAGAGGCAUGGAUGCCGAGUUGAGCCACGUGUUUCGCUUGAAUGACGUGUAUGUGAACGACGACGGCAAUGUGUUCAAUGCCACCACUCUCUUUAACAAGGGUGACUGCAACGGCCACCUCAAUUUCUCCUUCAAGGCAGGAAAGACUCAAGUGUAUCACGUUGACAAAGCAGUUUCUCUUGUGUAUCGCCAAGCGGACGCAUUCUAUCACGGCUUCAUAGAGUGGCAACCCGCCUUCUAUAUUCUCCACAAAGUGCUUGCAGCUCAUCCAGACAUCCCGCUUCUGGCUCGACCCUCCCAGUGGCGUUUCUAUCAUCGCACCAUUCAACACCUGGUCAGAGUCAGCACCAAAUUCUUCCGCCGCCUAGCCAUUCCCGAGGGAACCAUUUUCCACGUGAAAAAUCUUUACCUGCCACUCUACCAGAGUUGUGGGAAUCCCUCUCCUGCCAUUUGGCGCACCCUUCGUUAUAAUCACAUUCUUCUGCCCGAAGGGUUGCCGUACUUUUAUGAGGACAGGUGGCAGCUCCGGAACGUGCCACGUGGCGAUGGUCAUGGGAAUUUUUCGGGCAGUUUGGAUGGUGGGCCGGGUAAUGCGAGUGUGGGUUUUCGAGACCGGAAAUAUUUGACGAAGGUUUUUCCGCUGCCCAAGGAUUGGAUCGUGGUGGUGGUGCAGCGGCUCGGGGCCAAGGGCAGGACGAUGAAGCAGUUCGGGCAGCUGCUGGGGGCAGUUCAGAAGCUUUUUGGGAUGGGCAGGGUCCACAUUUUCAACGGCACACAGAGCGUUUAUGAAACUCGGGACUUGUUCAGCAAGGCUCGUCUUCUAGUGGCAGGGCAUGGGGCAGGGAUGUCCCACAUGAUAUUUAUGCCGCCCAACGGUACAGUGCUGGAGAUUCGUCCCGAUAAUUAUGAUAACGCGUGCUUUCAUCAUCUUUCACAUGCGUGCGAUUUGAAUUACUACCUUGUUUUUGGCAAGGGUGCUAGGCUCAAGCCCUUGACUUUUGAUAAGCAAAAGGUUAUGAAGGUAUUGAGACAAAUAAAAGAGGAUUUUGGUCAUCCUCGUUACUGGUAA